UAAACAUCAGAAUCAUUUCGUUUCGUUGCUUACGUUGAUUACAUAUUAUGGUGAAUUUUAAUCAUUUUUUCUAUUGUUUCAUAUUGAUAUCUCGGUGAAUAAAUUAUGGCACUGGCACCUAAAGUAACCGGAAUUUCACCAAAAGAAGGACAUCCUCGAACAAAGCUCACCAUACGUGGUGAAAAUUUGGGUAUCAAUCAAUUUGAUUUGUCCAGUGUCAAAAUUUGUGAUAUUGAAUGUUUGGUAUUCACGGAAUGGAUCACACCACAGAAGAUCAUUACAAAAUCACCAAAUUGUGUCGAAACAGGACCCGUUAUUGUUACGACCAAAAGUGGCGGGACCGGUAUUUCAAUGAUUCAAUUUCGAGCUUUAGAACAACCUAUUGGUUUGACAACGCCCAGUGGUGUUUGGAUAGAUGAAAAUGACAUUUUUCCAUUUGAUUCUGGUGUUUCAGCUGCCGCAUUAGUCUCGAAUGAUGGUCAUACUAAAGUGCCUAUGAAAAGUCAACAUAAUGAUAUACUUUCAGAUUCUUUCAAUCCAUCCAUGUAUCUAGUGGAAAAUCAUAGUAAUUCAUCAUUUGAAGCUAAAAAGGAAUAUAAAAAUCAAUUAGACAAGAAUAGAUCCGAACCGAAAAAUACGUUAGAUUCGAAUACAUUUCUCAAAGCUAACAUUGUUUCAAUUAUGGAUUGUUUGAACGCUUUAAAUAAUUUGUAUUUGUCAUUCAAAAAAGAUCGUCAAGAAUUUGGAUCCGAUUUAACUGUGAAGAUUGAUGAUUAUAUUAAAAGCGCUAACGAUGAAGCACAUGCCAUAUUCGAUAAUAUCAUCAGUCGUAAAGAUGAUGCUGAUUCUAUGCGUAAUGCUUUGAAUGUUCUGCAACGUUAUCGCUUUCUAUUCAAUCUGCCCUCGAACAUUGAUAAAAGCAUGCAACGUAAAGAUUAUGAUGUGGUUAUCAAUGAUUUUUUUCGAGCAAAAAAUCUAUUCAGUGACAGUUCAGUCAGUGUAUUUCGUAAAGUAUUCCAUGAAGUUGAACAACGUAUUCAAAGCUUUAUACUUACACUUAGAGAAUUGUUCAAACAAUGUGCACUUAAUAUGGAAGAUAAUAAUAUUGAUGAAUUAAAAAAAUUAAUCAAAUAUUUAUCAGCAUUGGAGGAAAAUUCGGAUCCAGCAUGGGAUGCUAUUCUUUUGAUUAAACAAUCUUUGUUCAAUAAAAUUAACAAUUGUCGACAACAAUAUUUAUCUUCACAAGCAACAAACGGUGAUGCCGAUAACAAUUUGAAAACAAUGCCACCAGAUCCAGAUAAUCCACAAAAGCCACCACAAAUUUUGUUCGUCGAUAAAACAUCAAGAUUAUUCGAUCGUAUCUUCAAUGAUUUAUUCAAAUUAGGUUGUGCCUAUCUGAAUGGAGAUUUAUACAAUAAAAAUUCUAUAGAUGAUCUGAAGAAGAAACGUGAAAUUUUUGAAAAAGAUUUGCUCACACAAUCAAUUAAAUUAUUAUGUAACGAAUAUCGUAGUGUUCUUCUUCCGGAUACGAAUAGUUUCAACUACACUUCUAAUCAAGCAUUAAAUGAGAUUGAUCAAGAUUUUGUCCUUUGGCUGCCUUAUUGUCUUCGUGGUGCUGUUCAAUGUUAUUCCAAUCUUUUAAAAUUAGAUUUUAAUUUGAUUCAUAUGCAAAAUUCUGGCCUAUUGAAACCGGUACAGACGUUUAUUUUCGAUCUUCGUCUCUAUACUUUGACCUGUCUGUUUACCCAUAAAUCAAAUGAUGUGAAAAAUUUAUACAAAAAAGAAGUCUGGAACAUACAAUUCGAUGACAUAUAUGGCGUUCGAACUAAUCUUCCCUUGCAAUUCGAAACAAAAGUUAUUGAAAUUUUACAAUUGAUUCGAGAUUCAGUCAUACAGAUUCGAACGGCUGAUGAAGUCGACAUAUUCACUCAGAUUAACGUCAAAGGAUUGGUAAAACAAUUAAUACAAAGUUUAAUCAAUUCUUUUUUGUAUGCAUUGGAAAGAUCGGCUGCAAAUCCUAUAUCGAAUAAUCGAAAUAUAACCGAAGAUAAUCGAUCAUUGAUUGUCUUAUGUAAUUGUUCAUAUACAGCCAACUAUGUAUUGCCAAAAUUAUAUGAAAUAUUCGAAAAAUAUGGCUAUCCUGAUAUGUCACAGGUGAUCCAGUUAACACAGAAAAAAUUCAAAGAUUUGGAAAACAAAUUAUUGGAAACAUUCAUCGAACGCAAACGUGAUGAUGUUAUUGGUGGAAUCGAAACAUCGAUGCGAUUUUUCGAUGAGAAUUGGUUCCAGGAAAAAGAAAUGCCCAAAGAUGUUAGCUAUUAUAUCAAGGAAACGAUAUUGAAUUUGAUUUAUGUUCAAUCGGAAAUUUACAAGAUAACACCACAAUUAGUUUAUAAGACAAUGUUUGAAAUAUUGUUGGCAACCGUUAUUGAAAUCGAACGAUUAUGUGCAAGUUAUAGCAAACAAUUAAGUGAUGCUGCUCGGGUACAGAUGCUCAUCGAUAUCAAUGCUAUUGAACAUGUUUUUCGAAAAACAGGAAACAAUUUUCAUUUACAAUUGCAGCCACGAAUAGACAAUUGUCGUGAUCUUUGUCAGAUUUCUAUUCAGGAUCAAACAAUUCGAAAGCUUAUUGAUGAUGUUACGAACAGAUUUUGUACAUAUAUGCGAUUACAAAUCAGUUGUUUUAAUUUUAAUUAUGAUAAUGGCAAUAUUAAUCUGAUUAAUUGAUACGAUCCAAUAAAAAAAAACUUUUUUUAUUUAAA